AUGGUAUCUACGAGCAGCGCCGCGCCGGCAUUUGGCGUGCUUGUCGACACGGAAGACACGCGACGCAUCCAGCGUUUGACCAAACAGGGUCGCCAUCUGGAGGAGGAGGAGUAUGCUCAAUCCGUUGAGCUUCGUGAGCAGUUUCGCCUACAAGUCCAGCGUAAUCCGCGCAUGUUGCACAUCUAUCGUCACGCUUUUGGUUGUCUUGAGGCUGUUGAUAUGGAGACUAAGCUGCUUGGCACAGAGAAUCGCGAAUGGCGAGAAGAUGUCAAGGCGAAGAGGGAUGCAAAGGACCAGCGCGAUAGGGCGAUGACGGCGCAGGACAUCAAGAUGCGACAAGAUGCAAAGGCGGAGAUGUUGAAGAAGAAAGCGGCUGAAAAGGCCAAGUAUUGCGGAUGGUCGAACGCACGAAUCCUCAUCAAGUGCCAGAAGCACCUUUUUGGUGGAGGAAGAUGUGGUGUGCGCAAGAACGACCCUGCCUUCACACACGAAGAGCAGGAAGAAGGUCCGGGCAUCAAAUUCUUCCAGAGUAGUGCGAAAUACAUCGGAGAUUGGAGGUGCAGUGUUUGCAGGUGGUGGCACGGAACAAACGUGAAGAACUGCCGCAAAUGCGAAAAGCCUGUUGACGAAUGCAAGGAUGCUGAAGACUGGAGCAACACGUUGGACCCUCCAAAUCCUCACUACAUGGACUCAUCGCGAGACUUUUGGAACGGUAACGACCGUGAAGAUGCGGCAAGCUUGCCUCACUUCCAGGACGCGAAGUACCUUGGAGUCGCUGGAAAGUUCAAGGAGAAAAAGAACCCAUACCACUUGAGAUGA